UUGUUUAAAACUUGCUGAAGUUUUACCGUAUUUUAUCAGGAACUUUACUCAGAGUCUUGCCUACACGACUGUUGCUGUAAGAGGUUGAUGACUAAGGAUACUGUCUUUUCGUCUGUGGUAACCCUGACCAAUCCCAGAUUUGCAGGGUUUGUUUAAAAGCUCGCAUGUUUUUACAGUCUCAGUCUUGUACGGGUCACCAUGGAUCGAACUACAGUUGGAGUAACUCUGUUUGGGCUCUUAUUCAUCUGGGCUACUGCUGCCCCAACUGAGAAGAAACAAGGUGUUGAUAUCUACAGCUACCACAUUAACUCCACAAUACAUAGCCGCUACGCCAUCACAGUCAUCACGAGUCGUGUGGAAAACAGGCUGAGUGAGUCCAAAGAAGUCCAUUUCCAGGUCAAGAUACCCAAGAAUGCUUUCAUCAGCAAAUUCAGAAUCACCAUAGAUGGAAAGACAUAUGAUGGAGUUGUGCAGGACAAAGAAGAGGCUCAGCAGCAGUACAGUCAGGCAGUGUCUCGAGGAGAAAGUGCCGAAAAAACCAGCUCAGUAGGAAGGACCCUGGAGGAGUUUAAAACCUCAGUGAUGGUGGGCGCUUCCAGUAAAGUGACCUUUGAACUCACCUAUGAGGAGCUGCUAAUUCGACGCCUUGGCAAAUAUCAGCUACUCAUCAACGUCCAACCAAUGCAGCCUGUAGCAGACCUCAAGAUUGAUGUGGCCAUUUACGAGAGUUCAAAAAUUUGCUUCCUGGAGGCAACAGAUGCUUCAGACCUGGAGUUUGGCUACGGUUUAACCACUACAAAGUCUGACAAAGUGGCAUGGGUGGACUUCUACCCCACCCGUCAGCAACAGACAAGCUGUGACAACAUUUGUGGAAAAAAUGGACUGAAUACGGACCUGAUCAUAACUUACGAUGUCGAGAGACCAAACUCCGCUGGAGAAAUCAAGGCAUCAGACAGCUUUUUCGUCCACUUCUCUGCACCUACAGAUAUUAAGCGCAUUCCAAUAAAUGUGGUGUUUGUAAUUGACCAAAGUGGCUCCAUGAGUGGGAGAAAGAUUAUACAGACCCGAUGGGCACUGCUGAAGAUUUUAGAUGAUUUUGCUGUGGACGACCACUUUGGGCUGAUCACUUUUAACAAUCGAGUAGACGUCUGGAAACCUGAACUUGUUCAAGCCACAAAGACGAAUCUGGAGUCAGCAAGGAGCUUUGUGAGACAGAUUCUAGAUCAAGGAGACACAGACAUCAACGCUGCAGUGCUGAGGGGAGUGGAGAUGCUCAACAAACACUCACAAGAUCGGUCUGCCUCCAUCCUCAUCCUGCUGACUGAUGGAAUGCCCAAUACAGGUGAGACUGACACAACAAGAAUUCAGGCCAAUGUGAAAGAGGCCAUUGGGGGAAAGUUUCCUUUCUAUUGUCUUGGCUUUGGAUUUGAUGUCAAGCUUGAUUUCCUGGAGAAAAUGGCUCUGGAAAAUAAUGGAUUCGCUCGCAGGAUCUAUGAGGGUUCAGAUGCGUACUUACAGCUACAGGGUUUCUAUAAGGAAGUGGCCACUCCUCUGUUAACUAACGUCAAGCUGAACUAUACUGGAGCAGUGAAUCUCACCCAGACCAGGUUCAGCCAAUACUACAAAGGCUCAGAGAUCGUGGUAGCUGGACAACUCACAAACACUUUAGAAACAGAGACCACUGGAACCUCAAAAAGCAGUAAAGUGACCUACAAGCACUCAACUAAGAAAAGCACUGGUGUUCUGCUACAAGACACAUAUAUCAGGAGACUGUGGGGCUUUCUUACAGUGAAACAGCUUCUCAUGAAGGAGAAGAUACUUAAUGGGCAGGAGAAGGAGGCAGCCAGGAAAGAAGCCAUAGAUCUCUCUCUGAAAUACACAUUUGUGACCCCACUGACCUCUAUGGUGGUUAUCAAGCCCCAGGAACAGGACGUGCAGGUUGCCCAAAAGCCUAAAGAGAAGGAAAGAGUAAAUGGAGCCGAAAACCAUGACUCAUCAGGGACAUCUGGACCUACGCUGUUCGUUCCUCCUCCUCCUCCUCCCCGGCCAGCUCCACGUUUAGCAGAUCCUUUUUAUAUUGGAACUCAUGUGAGAUUCUUGAUCUCUUCCACUGGUCAGCAAAAGCCACUCUGUUAUGACCAACCUGCACCCCUUAACUACCGCUUGCUGACAGAUUCGUCCUCAGAUUAUUUUAUGAAGGGCAAGCUCUUAGGGCAUGGCUUUCAAGAAACUGUUUUUGAUUUCAAAGCUAAUUAUCACCUUAAGCUCAGCACCAAGAACAUCCGUUACUAUGAUGGUCUGAAUGAUCUGACAUUUUUGUGGGAGCAGGAACCCACCGAGCGUCACACAGACAGUGUGUCUUUGAUUCUAAAAGACAAUGAAAUGGACAUCACCAUGGGAACCAUACGUGUUGUCUUCCUGCGUCAUAAGAAAAAUGGUGAAUUCUUUCUGUGGCCUGAUGUUAAGCUGCAACCAAACGCCAACAUACAAGGCAUUUUUGGAAAAGCCAAUCUUCAGUACGAAGAAUUACCAGGAUCAGUGAUCAAAAUCGGGCAUGAACAAGUGAAAGCAACCUGGAGCACUGCCACCGACUAUCGACGCUCUUCAGCCCCUGUUCUUGGAUGCUGGCUUGUACCAUACGAGUCUGUCCUGCCAGGGAGGCUCUCUAAUUUCAUACUGGUGUAGCUGUAGCUCUCUGUCUUCCAAAGUUCUGAAAAUGGUGCAGUAUUUAAGGAACGGAUCCAAACUCUGUUUUCAAGUGGUAAAAAUGAAAAACUGCUCCACAGAAUGAAGCGGUUUGAGUCGGCUGAAUGGACACUGGAGUGCUCUUUUUGGUGAUGACCGCUGCAACACAAUAUUCAAAUAUUUGCUCAAUAAAUUAGAGAUAAACACCA